GUGUCUACAAUUGCCGUGAACUACGAGGGUCAUCCUUUCCGCGAAUCACUCACUGAAAAUCGUCCUCUACUGCUCAGCCUGCUAGCGGCCACCGUUGGCACCGUCUGCUUGGCCUUUGGCGCACUCUCGGAGAACCUUGAGCUGGUGCUUCUCGACGAUCAGGUAGUCACCGUACAAAGUGUGAACAAGGCAAAGGUCACGAGGCUAGCAGAAUUUAUUGAAGUCAUAUAA